AUGGUUUACGACAAGAACUCGACUUCGAAGGCUGUACGAAAAGAAUCAACUAUAAAUUCAACAACAGCAAAGGCAAUGAAUACAGUACUAAAAAUUCAAUCUUCACCAAAAAAACACUGUUUUGAUGAUGGAAAUACAUCAACAAAAAAACGACAGAAGACACGAAUUGAAGAAAGAUCAACAACAGAAUCACAUACAAGUACGUCAAGGUCAAAAAAUGCAUCUUUAAAUAAAGAUGUUAUUUCAACUAAUAAGAAGCUAAUAUGGAAUGAUCAAUGGUUAACAUUUAAUGAAACACCAAAACUAGAAGAAAUAAAAAUAGAUGCUCGUUCAAGUUUGAAGUGGUGUUCAAAUUUUAUAUCAAAAACAGAAGGUGAUGCUCUAUUUGAUCAUUUAAUGGAAAUAUUAAAUUUUGAACAUACAUUAAUUCGUCGAUAUGGAAAAUUGGUGAACAUGCCUCGUCUGCAAUCGUGGUUUGCUGAUGAAGGUAUGGUAGUGAGAGAACUAUUUCAGAAACAGAAACAACAUGUUUGGACUCCUCCAAUGCUGAAGGUGAAGGCUCAACUUGAAAAACAACUCGAUGUCAAGUUCGAUUUCUGCUUGGUUAAUUUAUAUAGGGAUGGAAAAGAUUAUAUUGGUUUUCAUACUGACAAUGAAACACGUGAUACAAUUGCUUCACUAACGUUGGGAACUACACGCAGGUUUAAUUAUUCUUAA